AUGCCUCUCGUCCUUACAUUCUCGGAGAAUAACCCACUAGACUCGACUAUCGUCGACGAGAGCACGUACGUCGCGACUCCUCGCUACGAGACAUUCACCACCAAGGUGACGGACGGCCAGAGGAAGACGACUUUGUGGGCGCUGGCCCCAUCGCGCAGCAUCGUAGCGGAGGUGGAAUGGGAGCGGUCAUUCAAGUCGGGCAAAAUCACGAUGGAGGGCCGAUGCAUGGAGAUGGAUGCACUGUUGCUUGGAGGCGGCUUUUUAAGUCGAACUAUACGUAAAGUCCAGCUUCGCGGAGGGCGACUAUACAAAUGGAAGCAAUCUGGUGCUGUGGAUCUCAAAAUGGGCAUUGUCCGUUCUUUUGUGCGCGAUCGAUCUGACACUCUGUCUCCUCACCACCGAUGGCGGAUGCAGCUUGUCGACCCGGAGGAUGGCUCUCUUAUUGCGCGUUCGUUGCACGCCAAGUUAGGGAUAUUUGAGGAGAAACGAGACUUGACUCUGGAAAUCUCGGAUAGAGGCCUAGCCUCCCUCAAUUUGAUCCUGCUCACGUUCAUAUUGGUGGAUGGAGCAUCUCGCAAGAGAGCAGCGCCGCGCUCCCCUUUGAAACGCCUCAUGCCUCUCACUCUAACAUUCUUGUGCAACGACCCACUGAACACUAUCAUCGUUGAUCAGUCGAGUGGCCAAACUAACCCUCUGUAUGAAGUGACUUCUAUCAAGCUUGAUGGUGGAAAACGGAGGACUACACUGACGGCUCUGACUCCGACCCGCAGAGUCAUUGGUGACCUGGAGUGGAAGGAGCCACCGGUUUCUGGCGAGCUCACUGCUACCGUGAAGGGGCGACGUACUACAGCAUAUUCGCCGCCCAGAGGCUUCUUGAGUCGAAUUAUAUUCAAGCUCAGGUUCAUGGGCAGCCCGCUUUUCAAAUGGAUGAUCUCGGAUGCGGGAAAUCUUGUGCUCAUGGACUGCAGCAACGGAUCUACGAUUGCGCAAUAUUGGCGUGCCACGUCAAUGCUCUUUGACAAAGAGCAGAAAUCGACACUUGCAUUGGAGGAUAAAGGCCUGCCCAUUCUCGACGGCAUCCUCUUCACAUUCGUGUGGAUGCACAUUGAACGGGAACGGGAGCGCUGUACUGCCUUCAGUGUCACCAAUGUGAAUAUGAAUCGACGGGUAACACUACCACGCUGA